GUUUUCGAGAAUAUUUCUGGUGAUUACUAAAUCUCGAACGAAAUGGCCUCGGACGUUCAAAAGCAUUCUGUUCACACAUUGGUGUUUCGAUCACUAAAAAGAACCCACGAAAUGUUUCUCUCAGAAGAAGGAAAUCCGGUUCCUCGUGAACCUAAAAGCGAUGAAUUACGAUUAGCAUGCAAAGUACACGAUGAAUAUGGCUCGGUAAAGGAAACAGUCGAACAAAAACAAAAACGAAAUUUACAGAAGAAAGGAACUCUUGCAAUAGAAGCACCAGAAAUGGUUGACUCUACUCCUGUUGAAGAAGCAAAAGAGGAAGUUCUAAAGGAAAUCCCGACAUCCUCUGCCACUGAAAAAACCAAUCCACCACCGGGAAAGCAAUUGAUUACGAUUGGUGGUGAGAAAAUGCUUGUACCCAAACGAGCCCCUACAAUGCCUAAACCCUCGUGGCAUUCGCCGUGGAAAUUGUGUCGAGUACUUAGCGGUCACGUUGGUUGGGUUCGCUGCGUGGCAUUCGAACCUGGAAAUGAAUGGUUUGCAACUGGAAGUGCCGACCGAGUCAUUAAAAUAUGGGAUCUAGCCUCGGGCCAAUUGAAGUUAUCUCUGACUGGUCAUAUUUCAGCAGUCAGAGGAUUGGCAGUUUCUUCACGACACCCCUAUAUGUUUUCUUGUGGGGAAGAUAAACAAGUUAAAUGCUGGGAUUUGGAACACAAUAAGGUCAUUAGGCACUAUCACGGGCAUCUUUCUGCUGUCUAUGCUCUAGACGUACAUCCAACAUUAGAUAUCCUUGUAUCAUCCGGUCGAGAUUCCACAGUUAGAGUUUGGGAUAUGAGAACUAAAGCCCAAAUACACGGCUUAGCCGGUCAUACAAAUACGGUAGCAGACGUAAAAUGUCAAGCUCCAGAUCCUCAAAUUAUCAGCGGUAGUCAUGAUUCUACUAUAAGAUUAUGGGAUAUAGUUGCUGGAAAAACUCGGGUUACGCUAACAAAUCAUAAGAAAUCCGUUAGAUCUCUAGUUUUACAUCCCAGACAAUUCGCCUUUGCGUCAGCAUCACCUGAUAAUAUAAAGCUGUGGAAAUUCCCGGAUGGAAACUUUCUACAAAAUAUAAGUGGACACAAUUCCAUUGUUAAUACGCUCGCUCUAAAUGAAGAAAAUGUAUUAGUUUCCGGAGGAGAUAACGGCUCACUGUUUUUCUUUGAUUGGAAAACUGGAUACAACUUUCAAAGACUACAAACUCAAAUACAACCUGGAAGCAUUGAUUCAGAAGCGGGAAUUUACGGUAGUUCAUUCGAUAAGAGCGGAUCAAGACUUGUAACAUGUGAAGCAGAUAAGACUAUUAAAAUCUAUAAGGAAGAUGAUGAAGCUACAGAGGAGACUCACCCUAUCAACUGGAGACCAGAUAUAAUAAAGAAAAGGAAAUUUUAGAACUCUUUGAAGGAUUUAUUUCUCUUCUUUUAAUUAUGAUAAAACGUGUAAUUACGUCGUAAUAAGCUUUUUUAUUGGUUUUUUUUCUCUUUUCUGUUACAGUUGUAUUACACUUUCUAAACAAGAUGCAAACGAAUAAGAAAAAAAAAUUGACCUUUUAUUCACUUUAACAAACUGAAAAAAGUAUACCAUCUCAAGGUUAUAGUAUCUCGAUUUAUCGGAAAAAAGCCAUAGGUGGCGCUGUCUUCUUUACAAAUCGGGUUUGUCAGAGAAGACAAAAAAUGCAUUCUAUAUCUUUCUUUUUGAUGUGAAAUGAAUCCAACGAAGAAAUUCUUUUUUUUUUCAUUAUUUAAUCAAAGGAUACAACCUUUGAAAACUGACAUGAAAU